UGCCGGCGCUGCUCCUCGGCCAUCCUUCCCAACGAGCGGAUCCGCAACAUCGGCAUCUCGGCACACAUCGACUCGGGGAAGACCACGCUGACCGAGCGUGUCCUGUUCUACACCGGCAGGAUCGCGCAGAUGCACGAGGUGAGAGGUAAGGAUGGAGUCGGAGCUGUCAUGGAUUCAAUGGAGCUCGAACGACAGCGUGGAAUCACCAUCCAGUCUGCAGCCACAUACACCAUGUGGAAGGACACCAACAUCAACAUCAUAGACACGCCAGGGCAUGUGGACUUCACCAUUGAAGUGGAGAGAUCUCUGAGGGUUCUCGAUGGAGCUAUUCUUGUUCUUUGUGCUGUUGGAGGAGUUCAGUGCCAGACCAUAACUGUGAACAGGCAAAUGAAACGUUACAAUGUGCCAUUUUUAACAUUCAUCAAUAAGCUGGACAGGAUGGGCUCCAGUCCAUCCAGAGCAGUACAACAAAUGAGGUCCAAGUUAAAACACAAUGCAGCUUUUGUCCAGAUUCCAAUUGGGCUGGAAGGAAACUUUAAAGGAGUUAUAGAUCUAAUAGAAGAAAGAGCUAUAUAUUUUGAUGGCGCGUUUGGCCAGACGGUUCGAUACGAUGAAAUUCCAGCUGAGUUUAGAGCUGAGGCUGCAGAACGGCGCUCAGAACUGAUUGAAUGUGUCGCUAAUUCAGAUGAUCGCCUUGGGGAGCUGUUUUUGGAAGAGAAGGUUCCUACAGUUGCUGAUAUAAAGCUUGCAAUCAGAAGAGCAACUUUGAAGAAGUCCUUUACCCCAGUGCUUGUGGGAAGCGCUUUAAAGAACAAAGGAGUGCAGCCGUUGCUGGAUGCUGUCCUAGAAUACCUCCCAAACCCUUCAGAGGUGGAGAACUAUGCUAUUCUUAACCAGGGAGAUUCUGAGGACAAAGCUAAGUUCCUGUUGAACUCUGCUCGAGACACCUCGCAGCCUUUUGUGGGCCUUGCUUUUAAGCUGGAGGCUGGCCGUUUUGGGCAGUUAACCUAUAUUCGAGUUUAUCAGGGGAUGCUGAAGAAAUCUGAUUAUAUUUUUAACACGAGGACUGGGAAGAGAGUGCGUGUGCAAAGACUGGUCCGUAUGCACUCAGACAACAUGGAGGAUGUAAAUGAAGUUUAUGCAGGAGACAUAUGUGCACUGUUUGGAAUUGACUGUGCCAGUGGGGAUACGUUCACGGAUAAAACCAGCACUGACAUUUCCAUGGAAUCAAUACACGUCCCUGAUCCCGUCAUUUCAGUAGCUAUGAAGCCUUCCAGCAAGAAUGACUUCGAUAAAUUUUCCAAAGGCUUGAGUCGCUUUACAAGGGAAGAUCCCACUUUUAGAGUCCACUUUGAUGAGGAGAGCAAAGAGACCAUUGUUUCUGGAAUGGGAGAACUGCACUUAGAAAUCUAUUCCCAGCGAAUGGAAAGAGAAUAUAGUUGCCCUUGCACCAUGGGAAAGCCAAAAGUUGCCUUCAGGGAGAACAUCUCUGCACCUGUGCAUUUUGAAUACACGCACAAGAAGCAGACUGGUGGAGCAGGGCAGUAUGGCAAAGUUAUAGGAGUCCUCGAGCCCCUGGAUCCUGAGGACUACACAAAAAUUGAAUUUGAAGACAGAACCAUUGGCACAAAUAUUCCAAAGCAAUUUGUGCCCGCUGUUGAAAAGGGAUUCCGAGAUGCAUGUGAAAAAGGUCCAGUGUCAGGGCACAAGAUUUCUGGAGUCCGAUUCGUCUUAGAAGAUGGUGCACAUCACAUGGUGGACUCCAACGAGUUCUCUUUCAUCAGAGCAGGAGAAGGAGCCCUAAAGCAAGCUAUGGAAAGUGCUGCUGUGCGUCUGCUUGAGCCCAUUAUGGCGGUGGAGGUGAUGGCACCCACAGAGUUCCAAGGAGCAGUGAUAGCAGGCAUUAAUCGCCGUCAUGGAGUCAUCACGGGGCAAGAUGGCACUGAAGGUUACUUCACUCUCUAUGCGGAGGUGCCACUGAAUGAUAUGUUUGGAUAUGCCACUGAGCUGCGGUCUUGCACGGAGGGAAAAGGUGAAUAUACAAUGGAAUACAGUAAGUAUCAACCAUGUUUGCCCAGUACUCAAGAAGAAAUAAUUAACAAAUACCUCGAAGCAACAGGACGACUUCCUGCAAAAAAGGGCAAAGCUAAAAGCUGACUUUUCCUCUGGAGUACAUGGAACAGUUUUCACAGUCUUCUGGAAGAGCUCGGUUGCUCAGACAUAGAAGCAGUUGAGCCUGGCUAGAAGUUGUGCAGGCUGCAGUGGGACUCAGACUUACAAUUCCAUCCUAAUAUCCUUCCUUCGUGGUAUUGUCAGCAGUCACUGGGAGAUGACAGCUGAAUUGUUCAGAUGUAAAUGCUGCUCAUUGACAAAAUACAGAAACGCUAUAACAUUGAUAAGAAUUUGUCCGGAAAUUUGUCUUAAUUCUUCUGUAUUAAAAUAAUUUUAUUUUUUUACUUGAUAAAUAAUUAUUUUGUAAGUAGA